CUUAUUUUUUGAAUUGACAUUAAUUUUUAGGUUAAUUAAUGUCAAACACAUUUAAAUAAAUCAGUUAUUAGAAAUCAUGUCUCUUUUUCGUGCGAUAUCCGAUAUAUCCAAUGUUAUUUCUUUUAUUGCCUAUUGCCGAGCUGAUCACUCGAUGAUGUUAGCUCUUGAAAGCACAACCAGCGAAUAUUGGAUACCUUCCAUUAAAGUCAACGAUGGUGAUAAUUGGAGAUCGGAAUUAUCAAAGGAAAUUAUUGACAUUUUUCAAAACGAUUUAAUCACGAAAUUACACCGCAUCUUUAAGAUAUGUUUACCCGAUCAACAAAACAGCACAUGGGUGUAUCAUUGUAUUUAUUUAUCGGUUAUCUCCGACGAUGAAAGGAACAAAUCAAAAGCGUGCAAAGGAAAAUUUCGAGGAAAACUUCGUUGGGUUAACGACUCGGAAUUAAUAAAACUUUUACAAUCGGCGGGUUUAAGAAGCCCGGAAUUGAUUAUUUAUUACAACUCAAUUAGGGAACAUGUCCAACCAAAUUUUGUGGCGAGCUAUAAGAUCCCUUGGGCCACCGAAUACGUUCAAAAUGGAAAACUCACAGAAAUCGGAACGGAAAUUUUAGUUAAUCCAGGCCACUCAACGGUUUAUGAACAAUUAAUGGAAUCGGCUGGAUUUGAUAUUCAAUUACAAACCCAAUUAUUAAAGGAAUUUAUUUUUUUGUCUUUUCCGUGUGUGUAUAUGGGAAAACAAGCUUUUAUACGAUUUAUAAUGGAAUUGGGGUGGGUUCGAGAAGAUGCUCAAUGGGUUUUUAAAUCAGCUGAUGUCGCAAAUCGAAAUGGGAUAUCUUUUCGUGAAUACAUUUAUUUUCUUGGAGCCGUUGACCCGAAUACAUCUCAUGGGGGUGGACCGGCGGAGCUUCGAUGUAGAUACAUUUUUAGAUUCUUCGAUAGAGAUUGUGACAACGUUUUAAACGUAAGCGAAUUUGCCCAAUUUAUAGGAGUAAUGAGAAAGUCGAAGAGUAUCCCACCGGACGUCGCGGAGCAAAUGAAGGACGCUGAUGCUAUUUACAAGCAUCUAGGAUUCUCAAAUAACAGCCAAUUAACGGUCGCGGCAUUUCUCGUUGCUGUUGGUACACUAAAGAUACGAGGAACAUCUCACAUUUUUCGAUCAGCAAAAACGGCACAACAAUACAUGCAACAAACCUUUCGAAGAGAACUUAAAUUUAAAGCGCAAGAACCCCCGGAUAUUAAAAGAAAAGGAACUGAAGGUUUUUUAACUGGAUACAAACUUCAAGUUGAAACUAAAGGUUAUGAAUUAGCAACUCAUAUCGUGCGAUUACAACGAAGCGCAACUUUAAUUAAUGUUGAUCAAAUAUGGAACGCUCAAACUGCUUUGAGUGCAACGGCUUUAACAAUCCUCCAAAAAUCGACUCCAGAACAAUUAAGAAGAGUUUCGAUGACUGUUUUCAACCAAGAAUCGGCAAGUAACGAGUUAUUAAAAAGUUUGCGAUAUCUCCACCAAUUAAACAAGCAAAAAACUUAUUCAAAAGGAAAAUCAAGUUUUACUUGGGGCUUAUUAGACGCCGCAGUGUUCGCUAAACAUUUAAUGGGAGUUUGUGAGCAAGUCCAAGGAAUGAUUAAAGCGGAACCAAGAUUGCUCGAGUUACAAUCGCCUAUUUACGUAAUGGGGGAUCUUCACGGAAACUUAUCGGAUUUAAUUAGUUUUGAAAAAGUGUUUUGGCAUUUAGGGCCAUGUUUGUGUCCGUGCAAUUUAAUUUUUUUGGGCGAUUACGUCGAUCGGGGAGCUUAUGGAUUAGAGGUGAUCACUUAUUUGGUUUGUUACAAACUUCAAACUCCCCAAAAAAUUUAUUUAUUGAGAGGAAAUCACGAAAUUCGUGAUGUUCAACGAUUAUUUUCGUUUUACGGCGAGUGUAUUAAUAAAUUUGGAAAUAAAACUGGAGAGGAAGUGUUUGAGGCUGUGAAUAAAGUAUUCGAUUGUAUGCCGCUAGCUGCAACAAUCGACAGAAAAGUUUUUUGUACUCACGGUGGCAUUCCACCUCCGUAUCUUUGCCCGGUUAUUAAUGCAAUCAACCAAAUCCCCGUUCCGUUAAGGUGCCCAGACCAAGAAAGUGCCUUAGCUUGGGAAUUAAUGUGGAAUGAUCCUGUUAAAAAAUCAACUGUUAAUGAUACAACAGCAAUGGAAUUAAUGUCAAAUGAUGGUUUUGCUACAAAUAUAAGACGAGGGACUGCCCACGUUUUUAGUGUUGAAGCUUUGGAAAGAUUUUUGAAUGCGAAUGGGUUAUCCCAUUUAAUUAGGGCUCACGAAGUUGCAGGAGCUGGAUUUAAUAUACAACAAAAAGCUAAAUUAUUAACCGUAUUCUCCUCCUCGAAAUAUUGCGGUGGUCAAAAUGAAGCAGCUUGCAUUUUGGCGGAUCAAGGGAAAUUAAGAGUUUUAAGACUAGAAACAUCGUCUUAAACUUUGUUAAAACAUUUUAAUGAAUUAAAAUUAAAAUAAUCCGUA